AUGGUCGAGAAGGCGACUAUCGAACUCAGAGAGGACCUUGCAGAGACCAUCGAUACGUUCCAUAAUGAUGAAGCACUCAAGGUUAUCGUCGAAGAGCACGGCCAGAACGAAUGGGAUGCGGCUGAGGAGAAGCGCCUUGUUCGGAAGAUUGAUUGGAAGUUGCUUCCGCUGCUGUGUCUGACCUAUGGGCUGCAGUAUUAUGAUAAAGCCAUGCUGUCCCAGGCCGCUAUCUUCGGCCUUCGCGAUGACUUGGAUCUUAGCGUGGGGAACCGCUAUACAUUCAGCUCGGCCAUUUUGUACAUGGGCUUUUUGACUGGGUCCUAUCCUGCCACAGUGCUAGCACAGAAGUAUCCUAUUGAACGUGUUGCCGGAGGACUCGUCUUCACUUGGGGUGUCUGCCUCAUGUCGACGGCAGGUUGCACCAGUUUUCGAGGAUUAUAUGCUCAACGAUUCUUUCUUGGAUGCUUGGAGGCAGGCAUUUCUCCCAUCUUCAUGCUCGUGGUCGGAGGCUGGUACGAGAAAGGCGAGCAAGCUCUCCGUAUGGGCGCUUGGUUUUGCUGCACUGGAUACUUCGGAGCAGUCUCUCCCCUCGUCAAUUACGGCCUUGGACAGAUCUCCGGAGGCACCUUGAGUUCCUGGCAGUAUAUGUAUCUCGUUGCGGGAGGCAUCACCAUCUUGUGGGCUCUGGUAAUUCUAACUUUUCUGCCUGCGGACCCUAUUCGAGCCCGGGGUUUUUCCAGCAGGGAGCGCUACAUUGCUGUCGCCCGAUUGCGCAAAAACAACAGUGGCGUCCGCAACCUCCACUGGAAAAGUCCCCAAUUGAUCGAAAGUUUAACGGACGCGAAGUUCUGGCUUUCUUUCUUCAUGGCAUUUUUCAUGAUGUUCGGCAAUGGCCCCUAUUCCACUUUUACACCCAUCAUCGUCCAUGGUUUCGGAUUUAGUGCCUUGAACUCUCUGCUACUCACCGUUCCCGCUGGGGUUUUCGUGGGGUCCGUCGAGCUCGGAGCUUGUUAUAUGGCUUUCAAGUUCAAAAACUCGAGAACCAUCAUUAUGUUCCUAUGCCAGCUCCCAACUGUUGCCGCAUCCCUGCUUUUAUGGCUUCUUCCACGUCAUGAGCUAGGCGGAUCACUACUGGCAGUAUUCAUUAUUGCUUCGUUUGGAGGAACGUACGCGGUUCUACUUGGGCUGACUAUCGCCAACUGCGCUGGGUAUACCAAGAAGACAACCUUCUCAGCUGGGCUGUUUGUUGGCUACUGUCUCGGCAACAUUGCUGGUCCUCUAAUCUUUAGGGAGAAGGAUGCACCACGAUAUGCCACUGGAUUCAUUAUUGUCCUAAUCACGGCAAUUCUAACUCAGGUGUUAACAAUUAUAUAUCGCUACCUGUGCAUCCUCGAAAAUAAGAAGCGAGACAAAAGUGGAAUUCUAGAAGGAUUUGACCAUGCCUACGAGGAUGAUCUAACUGACAAGACGAAUCCUCAAUUUCGCUACACAUACUGA